CGUGCGUAUCAGACUCGCCGGGCUCGCGGCAGCUUUCACACUUCUGUCAUGUCAGUAGGAAUAUAAGGGGAAUACACGCGCAGGGGGGAAUAUUUGACUGUGCGCAAGGGAGGCGUGGAGCCCGACACAGGGCUGUAGCAUGGGGUGAUGAGGACUCUCCUUUGCUAAUCUCAAUGCAGAUGACUAGUGAUGGCCACAGCAUCACCUCAACAUUUGUUGGAUGAUAUAAAAAACUCUGAAGAACAACAGCCAGGCCAACAGGAGCAGCAGGAAUUCUUGAGCUCCCUGGAGACCAUCGCUCUCUCUAUCUUUCUCUCGCUCAUCAUUAUCAUGACAGUUUUUGGCAACCUGUUGGUCAUGGUGGCGCUCUGCAAGGACCGACACUUGCGAAAGAAAAAGACAAACUACUUUAUUGUCUCGCUGGCGUUUGCUGACUUGCUGGUUGCUCUGGUUGUGAUGCCCUUUGCUGCCAUCGAACUGACCACUGGCCAGUGGCGCUAUGGAGAGAUUUUCUGCCUGGUGCGAACAUCUCUGGACGUCCUGUUGACCACAGCAUCCAUCCUGCACCUCUGCUGCAUUGCACUGGAUAGGUAUUAUGCCAUCUGCUGCCAGCCAUUGGUGUAUCGACACAAGAUGACCCCGAUGAGAGUGGCAGUCAUGCUCAGUGGCUGUUGGCUCAUUCCCACAUUUAUCUCAUUUCUACCCAUCAUGCAAAGCUGGAACGCCAUCGGGAUCGAGGAUAUUAUUGAAGAGCGGCGAGCCUUGGCGGGAGGCUCGAACGACACAAGUUGUGUGUUUCUAGUUAACCGGCCGUACGCCCUGAUCUGCUCUGCAGUGGCCUUCUACGUGCCGCUGGGCCUCAUGGUCCUAGCCUACCAGCGUAUCUAUGUUACUGCCAUGACCCACGUGCGGCAGAUAGAGACACUUCAACGUGCCGGCUCUGCUCCGGUCACCGGCACAAUUCCAGUCAUUACCGUGAGGACAUCCACUUCCUCAGAUCCUUUGGAGCAUUACCGCCUUAGGACACCAACAGGUUCCUCCUCCUCAGAGCAGGCUCCUGUAGGUCACAGCCGCAUGCGCAUUGAGACCAAGGCAGCAAAGACGCUGGCGGUUAUAAUGGGUUGUUUCUGCCUGUGCUGGGCUCCAUUCUUUAUCACCAACAUAGUGGACCCUUUCAUCCACUACUCGGUACCCUGGCAGCUGUGGACAGCCUGGUUGUGGCUUGGGUACAUUAACUCAGGGCUAAACCCUUUCCUGUACGCCUUCCUAAACCGGGCUUUUCGGAGGGCGUUUCUGGUCAUUCUCUGCUGCGGGGAUGAGCGGUACGCACGGCAGGGGAGCUGCUCCUAUGGACCAACCCACAGAGCAUGCUCAGCUGCAUCAGUCAAUGGGACAUCCAUGGCACUGAGAUUGUCCUUCCUGCCAAACCGGAGCUACAGCGACAAUGGACGGACAAUUCUGGCCAAUGAGCAGGAAUCCCAGGACUCUCUUGGACCUCUAUGAGGAUGACUAUUUUAAAAACAGAACUGUGAUGAACCUUGAGAUGGACUUCUUCAAAUAAUAGUGAUCGUGUCCCUUCUGGAUAUUCGAGCUAUGAUAAUGCAUCAUCAUUGUCUGAUUUACUUUACUUACUGGUCCUGUCCAUGGAUCUCUAAAGAUGUUCAUUACUCAAGUGUGGAGCAUCAGAACAGACUUGUUUGUUAUAAAAUAGUUGGAUCAAGGAACUGUGCAAAUGUUUCCAGGCAUGCUCUUAUUAUAAAGCCCAAAGAACUAGUCUGGAUCCUGGGAUCAGCGAACUGCAAGCCCAUCCAUGUUAACAUAAUGUGAGACUCAUUAACCUAACUUAAAACAACAAGCUGUGGCAGAGCUACCUGCCUGCUGCUCAUACAAAUGUUUGUUCAUAUAAGAAUACGGCUUCUUUUACAGUACUGCUUUCUUUUCCUGUCUUUUACCAGCAUAAACUAAACAGCUAUGGUGGCACUGGAGUCUGACACAGAGUUUUUAAAAAGGACUUCAUAAUUUCUGUUUUUCAUUUCUAAUCCUGCUGUGAACAAAAACACCAAAGACUGAAGACAUGGACAUUUUGAUUUGAUUUCUCCCAGGAAAGGCAUCAGCGGCAUCAUGCAGUUCAAACAGUGCUGAAGCACCUGCAUAACGUUUUCAUGGAACAUAAAACAUGGCCGGACUUUUGUCUGCAGGCCAGCCGCAAAGUUGAAGUGUAGCUUUACGCCAAUGUGAAAAAAUGUAUGUCAAAACAUUUAUCGUGGUUUUCAUCGUUCUGCAGAGAAUGACGGUGAUCUGUGUUGGAGAAUAUGCUUUACUUUUGUAAAUUUAUAAGAUAAACUUCUGUAACAAAGCACUGAAAGUUCAGGCGCAUUGCCAUAAAUGUGUCUGAAAAAGUGAAGGUUUCAGGAAUGUGAAGAAAAAUCCGCUCUGGUGUUUGUGCUUGUGAAUGAGUCCAGUUUCCUGUAUUCUUUCAUGUAAAUAAGGCUGCUGUGAAACAUGAAGAGAAAUCACUGGAGCAUACAGUCACCGGCCACUUUGUUAGGUACAUCUCUGAAACCACAUUCAGUUAGUUAAUCACAUGGCAGCAAUUUACAUUUACACAUAGUCAAGACAAACUGCUGAGCUCUGGAGGAAAAAGAGGGUCCAACCUUGUACUAACAAGGCAUAACUAAUCAAGUGGCCAGUGACUGUAGUUGGAUGAAUAAGACACUUUGAAACAAGAAGCAGUCUCACAUAUCAGAAAAUAGAUACGACAGCAAUAUAUUAGAACACCAGAAGUAAUUUCUAGUAGCCAAAGCUUAGUGUAUGCAGGUCAAUGUACAAUUUACAAACUGAACCAGCUGUACAUGGAUCAGGAUCAGGAAAUACCUGCAACCUUCUGUCACAUAUUCAGUUUAUCUCAGAGUUGGGCCUUAAAUCCUGCAAACCUUUCUCAGUCAUGUAUUUCAUUAUGUGUGACUUAAGGAAAGUAAAAAAAAUCUUGCAAAAUUUUACUGAAACAGGAGAAAAUCUUUUCAGCCAACGUUCACCAAUUAUAAUUUAGAGAAGUAGAAGACUUUAUGUCAGUGAAGCACAAAUAAGUACAUGUAUAUACCAAUAUAGCGACUCACAGGGUGCUUUAUGAGCUAUAGGUAUUACACUGCCAGUGCUGGGUUGGACCCCCUUUGCCUUCAAAAUUGCCCUAAUUCUGUGUCAAAGAUUCAACAAGGUGGUGGAAACAUUCCUCAGAGAAAUUUGGCCCGUAUUGACAUGAUGAAGUUGCUGGAGAUUUGUUGGCUGCAAAUCUGUUAUGUUGUAAGGUAAAGAACUACAAUAAUACAGAGAAAAACCCAACCAGGUGACCCCCUGUGAGGAAACAAUUGGCAUCAGUGGGAAGGAAAAAACACAGAGGAAUACAUACACAUAGCAUAUCAGACUUGAAUACACUCACUGGAACAAAGUCUGACAAUUGCUCAUAUAAUCAAUUGCCCUCCCUGUUAGAUGUCAUGUUUCACAACAUGAAAAAAAUAUCAGCAGCCUCGUGCUUGCAUUUACAGAAGCACUGCAUCUGCUGUACAUUGUAAUAAAUUCAGGAUCGGGUUUAUUUUGCACAAAGGCAGUUUUCAGCUGAGGUGGGUAUGAAGGUGUGGAAUUUCACAAAUGAAGAAUAACAGACUUGGAGCUUUUGAGUUGCUUGAUCAAGUGGACUGUUUUAAAGGCAAAUUAGGUGACAUUUGACCACUAGAGGGCAGAAACACUGUAAAACAACCUCAAAGAGCCCUUCAGUGGGAUUUACAACUCAAUGUUAAAUCUACGCUGUAACUUACUUACCUAGGUAUGUGCUGAUGCAGCUUGUAAUGACUGUAAUUUGCCUAUUCCAGCACCAUCUAGUGUUUCAUUAGAGAAACUGCAGAACAGCUGCACAGCCUGCAGCCCAGGCUCUACAUAAAUUCAUUGCAUAAGCCUAAAUCAGACUUUAAGGGAGUACCUGUAAUUACCUAUUAGUACUAAUUUUGUCUAAUUGAACAUAUGAAAACAAGUUGAUGUGACAUAGUGCCUACAUUUAAAAACAACAACUAAAAGCAGUACAGUUUGGCACCACUGGUGACUCCUUUACAUUUUCCAGACUCCUUUGAUUCCAAGGUUUAUUCUAAGUUUAGCCCACAUGUUGUCUGUCUAAGUUGGUCUCCAUCUAUCACAGCGCGUUUUGAGUUUGACUUACAAAGGCGUGAAGCUAUUAUCCGCCUACUGUCUGUCAUCACUAAUAUCUGCGUUAUAUUGUCCUUCUGCAUUUAAAGCAUCAGUUAACACCUCUUCUUUCUUUUUCUUCUCAGUUCACAGCCUCCAUGUAUUUCAUGUUUAUUAGACGUGAUAAAGAUGCCAAGAAAUGAAAGCAUUUUAAACAUUUUGACUUCCAAUCUGCAACAAGGUGUAAACAAAAAUUUAUAGAUUUGUCAUAUAAGGCUCAUAUGUUGCACAUGUUAACAAAGAGCGGUUUAUUUACACAUUGACUCUGCACCAGGCAACAUUAGCGUUUUUGGCCGCCUAACAGAAUAACAUCCAAUCGACAAGCUCCUUUUAGCUCUGUCUCUUUUAUAUAGUCCAUCUGAUUGCUGAAAUCAUUAAGAUCCAUCUUCUGCUGGAAAGAAAAUACACAUAUGUGGUCCUUAGAGUCUGUAUUUUAAGCAGAUUGUCCUCUUUCCCCCAGAUUUUGGCAGGGGGAAGCCUAUUGUAGUAUUUGUGCCUUCUAUUGAACGUUCACUUGUCCCAAAUUGAGCUCUGUAAUGUGAUCCUUUCUUCAGCAAGCCGGCAUGAGAAAGCAGGCUCUCUGUGAGGCUGAAGCAUUUUUAACAAGCUUUCAUUAUUGUUGGAGGUGGUAGGCAGUAAUUACACACAAAGCCCCUCAUCAGAAUCCUGUUUAGUAACAGCAAACCUGAAUAUCUCCAAUCAUUCCCAGUGCUGCUAAAAAAAGAAAAAACAAAACAAAUGACUUAGGUUGGGAGUUUGCUGGCCGUUAACUAAACGGUGAAUUCAUUAUAUUGUGAGCCUUCUCACAACUCUCUGACUCCGCUGCAAUCCUUCUGGGAUUAUAGCCUGUCCAAGACCUGGAGAUCUCAAGGCUCUGGCUCAUAUAGCACCACAGUGCCAGAGCUGGACCCGGUCUUCUAAAAACAUUUGGCUCGAGGAUUAAUCUGAAGCUAACACAGGAACAGAACAUCAUUUUUAACCUAAC